AUGAAGCACUUUAAUCAGGAGCCGGACUUUAUGAAGAAUGAAGAAAUGAAGAAACCCUCAGAAGACGCUCCAGAGCGCCACCAUCGAUUUGUAGGACUGGUCAUCAUCCUUAUCCUUGCUGGUCAUGUGAACACAGGCCCUGGGACUACUCCGAAUUUAAAACAAAUUGUAACUGGACGAUGUUAUGAGUACAUUACCCUGGUAAACUCUGAUUAUAGAUAUAAAUGUGAGGAGAUAUGGCAUGAGUUUGAGGAGGCAGUAGUCCGAAGAACGCCAUGCAAUGUGAGAGAAAAGGAUUAUGAUAGAAUGUUUCAUGCUGCUCCUCAGACUUCUCCCUGUGACAAACUGCUGUUCUGGAGCAAGACACGAGAGCUGAUGCAAAGCUAUAUAGCUGUCACGAGACGCUUUUGGACCUUGGAGGAUACACUGGUGGGAUUCAUGUUUAAGAACCUUAUCUGGUGUGGUCAGCAAGAAAGGCACAGAGGCUUUGAUUUUCAGUUUUGUCCAGAAUGGUCAAACUGUGUGAGCCAUCCUGUGUACUCACUGUGGAAACGAGCAUCACAAAAUUUUGCUGCAGGAGCAUGUGGAAAUAUUACAGUGCUCUUAAAUGGAUCCAUUGAAAAUGCAUUCAACAGGAAAAGCAUGUUUGGGAGUGUGGAGCUGGACAAUCUCAACCCUAGGAUGGUGUCCUAUGUCCACAUUAAAGUUGUUUCAAACUUAGAAGGCCCGUUUGUAGAGUCCUGUUCCAAAGGUUCCAUUCUCAAACUCAUAGGUGUUCUGCAGACCCGAGGGUUUUACUGCUCCUGCACAGACAGCAUUGUGUAUUCAUACAACCCAUUAAUGUUUCUAUAUGUGAUUCUGUAA